AGGCGGAGCUAAAUCAACAUACCGGAUGUUGAUAAAUUCUGCGGGAACAGCUGAGCGAGAACAACAGACCAGCUACCACUCUGACACAUUCAGGCAUAAAGAGAGAGGAACAGACCAAAUCGACGAAAAUAAAAGAAGGAAAACAACCAGCAUAGCCGAAAUCUGUGAAAGGAAGCGAAGGUUAGUCGCAGCUGAGCAGAGAGCAAUGGGGCGGAUUUUCCUUGACCAUAUCGGAGGGACACGUCUCUUCUCCUGUGCCAACUGUGACACCAUCCUGACCAACCGUUCGGAGCUCAUCUCCACACGCUUCACCGGGGCCACUGGCCGUGCCUUCCUCUUCAACAAGGUGGUCAACCUGCAGUACAGUGAGGUGCAAGACCGCGUGAUGCUGACGGGCAGACACAUGGUGCGCGACGUCAGCUGCAAGAACUGCAACAGUAAGCUCGGCUGGAUCUACGAGUUCGCCACCGAGGACAGCCAGCGCUACAAGGAGGGCCGCGUCAUCCUGGAGAGGGCGCUAGUGAGGGAGAGCGAAGGCUUCGAGGAGCAUGUCCCCUCUGACAACUCCUGAGGCCAACCCUCAGGCCCAAUCGCCAUGCUGCCACUCCAGCACUGACACCCAUCAUCCCAGUUCUCCCUUUACCCCACACACUGUCUCCAGCUGCUGUCUCUGCUUCUCCCAGACACCAAUGGCUUCUGUCACCCAGAGACCGGAGGCUAGCCUGUCUGCCCUUCACACCAACGUGCACGCACGCGCACACACACCACUGGCCACCAUACCAACACACAUACACAUCAGGCCACCGUACCAGCACAGAUACACACACACCAUGCCACAGUACCUACAAACACAUAUUAGUCCACAAUGCUUACACAUGCAGAUACACACAACCCUGUGUACACCAGCCCAGCAUACCUCCACACUAGCACAUGCAUUCAGUACCUCCAUGCAGAAGAGUUCACUGAGCUCCAGUUACAUGAGAAGCCAAAAACUAGUAUGCGCACCAACACAUGCAGACAUACAAACCCCACAUGAAUGUGCAUGUGAAGCACGCAAUUUGGACUGCACUGCGCUCAGACCCAGGCUUGCUAUCUCUGCUGUUACUCAGAGAGAGAGUGGGGAGGAGGGAAAAAGUUGUGUGGUGAAGAGCGAGUGAUCUGAUUGGCUAACAGAUAGGAGUCUUUAUUUUCAGCCUUUGUUAUGCUCUCCCAGUCCUGCUUGUCUCUCCCACUGGAGAUGUCUUUUUCUCAGUGCUUCAAGAGUCUCUACAGCACCAUGCAGUAUAGUCCAUACUCUGAAUCUCAUAAUAUAUACCUGCUGUGACUCCAGAACAGACUGCUGUAACUGAGUGUUACCAUACAAGCAGUCUCAUUAGUAGUGGUGCAGUCUUGUCCAUGCUUCAAGACAGGAGAUAUAGUAUUGUUACAACAUUGUGUCCCAAGAUUUUCAUAAUGACAUUGUAGUAAUUAGCCUGAAGAGUAAAUUCCUGCAAGCAGAUUUGUAUUUGGGUCUCAUUUUGGAUGCAUUCUGUGCAUUUGUGGUUUUGUGCUGUCUUGUAUUUUGCAGUGUUGUAGUGCCUCAUUCAGUCAUGUUGCACUGAGAAUGUCAUUUCUGCCAGUGCAUAUAUUGGAAGCCACCCUGGUCUCCUCAUGCUCCUGUGAAUAUUCAGUAUGGUCCACUCCGCCCUAACCCCACCUGUGUGAGGCGGAGCAGGUGCUUCAGUUUGGAAUAUUAAAAAAAAAAAAAGAUUGUGUUAAGCUUCAUCCAGUUUUAUUUUAAAGAUUAAUUCUUACGAGACACGUUUUUAAAAGAUGCCAAUACAAAGCUGUCCGACAUCCGUACAGCUUUUCAUUUCUUUUGGUGAGUACAGAGUCAUCACUGGGCAGGUCAAUGGAUAUGUUGACCCUGUUUGUUCAUAUUGCUGUUGGAACACUCAGCCCUAAGGCUGGUAUGGGAAUGUUGAGUGUGUGCAUGUGUGUGACUCUAGGGAGUGCUAGGGUGUCGCUCUGUGUCUCUCAGGGUGAACAGGCUGGCCGUCUUCUCUCUCUCGAGUGAACAGGCUUGCAGUCCCUAUCUGCGGUGUCUGCACUAGCAGACCGUGCUGGUCUCCUCUCUUUCACUCUCCUGUUUGCCAUUGAGAGGGUUUCAUCAGUCACUUCCAGGACAUCGAUUGAACACCACCCCUCUACCAACUGCAGCACUCUGUCUUCACUUUGACCACGUCAUCGUGCAACUGGUGAACAUACGGAUCAUUAUUAUAUUAUUAAUCAAUAUGUUAUUAUUGCCGGUAUAACUAGUAUUAUGGUUAUGGUUCUGAAU